CAAGAAAUCUCAUCCAUUCCAAUAUCUCUUUGGCUGCUCUUUCUUCUCCUCUCUGAACUUCUUCCCAAAUCAAAAAUGGCGACAAUUUCUUCAAUUCUCUCUCCCAAUCUUCUCCAACAGAACCGUCCAUUGAUUUUCUCCACUACCCACAACCCAAUUUCCAGUAAAAUAUCAUUUCAGAGACUAAUUUCUUAUCCUUGUCAGCAUCUAGGUCUGAAUCCGAGAGAACUCAGGCGAACCACCGCCGUCGCAGAGGAAUCGCCGGCUUCAACGGCAGACCCAUCUUCUGAAACUUCUAGGAAGUUAUACAUUGGUAAUAUUCCUCGUACUGUAAAAAAUGAUGAGCUCCGCAAAAUUGUUGAAGAACAUGGUGCUGUUGAAAAGGCAGAGGUUAUGUUUGAUAAAUACUCUGGAAGAAGCAGACGAUUUGGAUUUGUUACAAUGAAAACUAUUGAUGAUGCAAAUGCAGCUAUUGAUAAGCUUAAUGGAACGAAAAUAGGAGAGCGCAGCAUUAAAGUAAACAUAACAGAGAAACCAUUGUCUGGUUUUGAUAAGUCAUCUUUGUUAGUUGAAGAUUCAAACUUCAUUGACAGCCAGUACAAGGUUUAUGUUGGUAAUCUUGCAAAAACGGUUACUUCAGAAUCUCUAAAGGGUUUCUUUUCCGAUAAAGGAAAGGCAAUAAGUGCUAAAGUUUCUCGAGUUCCAGGAACAUCAAAAUCAACAGGAUUUGGGUUUGUGACAUUCUCUUCUGAAGAAGAUGUUGAUGCUGCUAUCUCAUCCUUCAACAAUGCUGUGCUGGAAGGGCAGAAGAUCCGCGUAAAUAAGGCGUAGUAGAAUGAAUUCAGGAUGAUUUUUUUUUACGUUUGGGGACACCUAGGAAGAAAGUUUGAGGGCCGGGAUUACAAUGUAGUUUAUGGAUGAGGAAUGAGGGCAAAUGCUAGCCCCCUUAAAUUCUGUUGUAAUUAGAUGUAUGUUUGGUGUACUUGUAUUGAAUUACUUGGUUAUUUGUUUGUUUUGUCAUAAGCUUUUAUGGUAUAAUCUUAUGAUCAAAGAACUAGGUAUGUAUAAUGUUGGAUUUUGACUAAAAAUGUAUUU